CAGCAUUGACAGCCACUCCCCCUAGACAAGUGUCAUAUCGCUGGGGUUCUGGGCAGCUCUUUGCUCCGCUGUGACAAAAUGGACCAAUCUGAAGUGAAGAACAUAUUAAUGUGCUUCCUGCAUAUGUUAAAGAGCAUGUCUGAAGAUGCUCUGUUCAACUACUGGAAUAAAGCUUCACCCACAGACCUGAUGAACUUCUUCAGUCUGCUAGAAGUGUGUCUUCAUCAGUUCAGAUAUAUGGGAAAGAGACACAUUGCAAGGACUCUGGAGGGAUCAGGGCCUGUGGUUCACGAGCGCCGCUCUCAGACCCUUCCUGUGUCCCGCAGCAGGACAGGAGUCUUACAUGUGAGACUGCAGCAGCUCAACAGUCUGGACAACUCCUACACCUACAACCACACUUACAGCCAUUCAGAUGCUGAUGUGUUGAAUCAGUCUCUGCUGGAAGGAAACAUUGCCACAGAAGUUUGUCUAACAGUUCUGGACACACUGAGCAUCUUCAUCAUGGGCUUUAAGGUCAGACAUCAUCAUCAUCACCUGCUCUCACGAGUGAUGCUCAUUUGGGUUUGUUUGGAUCAUGGCCACAAUCCUCUCAUGAAGAAAGUGUUCCAGGUUCAUCUCUGCUUCUUACAAAUCAACCAAUCAGAGACGGCCCUCAGGCAGGUCUUCACUUCCCUUCGCACGUUCAUCUACAAGUUUCCUUGUACGUUUUUCGAGGGCCGUGCGGAUAUGUGUGCAUCUUUCUGCUAUGAGAUCCUGAAGUGCUGUAACUCCAAACUGAGCUCCAUCCGCAGCGACGCGGCUCAUCUGCUCUACUUCCUGAUGAAGAGCAACUUCGACUACACUGGACGCAGAUCCUUCAUCCGCACGCACCUGCAGGUGGUGAUUGGCGUCAGUCAGCUGAUCGCUGAUGUCAUCGGAAUAGGAGGGACGAGGUUCCAGCAGUCGCUGUCAAUCAUCAACAACUGUGCCAACAGUGACAAAACUAUCAAAAACACAGCAUUCCCAUCUGAUGUGAAAGACCUGACCAAGAAGAUCCGGACUGUACUGAUGGCCACGGCUCAGAUGAAGGAGCACGAGAGAGAUCCGGAGAUGCUGGUGGACCUGCAGUACAGUCUGGCCAAAUCUUACGCCAGCACACCUGAACUCCGCAAGACGUGGCUGGACAGCAUGGCCCGGAUCCACGUGAAGAAUGGAGACCUCUCUGAGGCAGCCAUGUGUUAUGUGCAUGUGGCAGCGCUGGUGGCCGAAUACCUGAGGAGGAAAGGAAUGUUUAAACAGGGCUGUACUGCAUUCAGAGUGGUCACACCAAACGUCGAUGAGGAAGCGUCCAUGAUGGAAGAUGUGGGCAUGCAGGAUGUUCACUUUAAUGAGGACGUCCUGAUGGAGCUUCUGGAAGAAUGUGCUGAUGGAUUGUGGAAAGCGGAGCGUUAUGAGCUCAUCUCUGACAUCUACAAACUCAUCAUUCCCAUUUAUGAGAAACGCAGAGACUUUGAGAGACUGGCUCACCUCUAUGACAUCCUGCACCGUGCCUACAGUAAGGUCACAGAGGUCAUGCACACAGGCAAGCGCUUGCUGGGAACAUAUUUCAGAGUAGCGUUCUUCGGUCAGGGGUUCUUCGAGGAUGAAGAUGGGAAAGAAUACAUAUACAAGGAGCCCAAAUUCACCCCGCUGUCUGAGAUCUCACAAAGACUCCUUAAACUGUAUUCAGACAAGUUUGGAGCAGAGAAUGUCAAAAUGAUUCAGGAUUCUGGCAAGAUUAAUCCAAAGGAUCUGGACUCUAAAUACGCCUACAUCCAAGUGACCCAUGUCACCCCAUUCCUGGAGGAGAAGGAGCUGCUGGAGAGAAAAACCGACUUUGAGAGGAGCCACAACAUCCGUCGAUUCGUCUUUGAGAUGCCGUUCACCGUUUCAGGCAAAAAACAAGGCGGCAUAGAGGAACAGUGCAAACGCAGGACUAUCCUCACCACCAUGCACUGUUUCCCGUACGUGAAGAAGCGGAUCGCGGUGAUGUAUCAGCACCAUGUGGAUCUGAACCCCAUUGAGGUGGCCAUUGAUGAGAUGAGUAAGAAGGUGCUGGAGAUCAGACAGCUGUGUUCCUGCAGCGACGUGGACAUGAUCCAGCUGCAGCUCAAGCUACAGGGCAGCAUCAGUGUUUUGGUAAACGCUGGCCCUCUUGCCUACGCCAGGGCUUUCCUGGAUGAUGCCAGCACUAAGAAAUACCCAGACAACAAAGUCAAACAGCUGAAAGAAGUUUUCCGGCAGUUUGUGGAGGCGUGUGGUCUUGGUUUAGGUGUUAAUGAGCGUCUGAUUAAAGAAGAUCAGCAGGAGUAUCAUGACGAGAUGAAGGCCAGCUACAGAGAUCUCACUAAAGAGCUGUCCGCCAUCAUGCACGAGCCUAUCAGUCCAGCGGAUGAUGGGAUGCGCAGUCCUCUGCCGGAUUCACUGCACAUCUUUAAUGCCAUCAGCGGGACGCCCACUGCCGCCACUAUCCAGGGUCUGCCAAACUCCUCGUCAGUGGUGUGAACCUGACCCCUGCAGUGACCUUAUGACCUUUCACCUUUCGUUUCACACCUCCACCCGCCCUACAGCUCUCUCUGAUAUCGUGAAGGAGAGCCGAGGGCAGUUUCUCAGGAGGAGAUCUGUAUGUUUCUGCCUCAUCUGGGGGAUUUCACCUACUGUUUCCUGUGGAGACUUAAUCAAAAGCAUGUAUUUUAUUUUUGGCCAUUUUGCCAGUUUUAUUAAUAGCCGUUGUAAAGAGAGCAGAGGAAAUAGUGUUGAGAAGAGAGGGAGAAUGGGUCUGAAAAUGAUGCGAGUCAUGUAAGCACUGCAUCUAACGUGUGCUUACAGCUAAACUAUGACUCUGACCACAACGGCUGCAUCCUCUGCUAAUAUAUAUGUUUUAUUUCUUCAUGUUGUAUUACUUGUUCAAGUUCAGAUCUUUCAGUUUUUGAAUGCCAGACUGAAGUCUACUAGCUCUACUGGCUUGCUGUCUUGAGAGACACGUGACAUAGAGUUUAAAGCGCCAUCCGCAUCAGACUGAUUUGAAGAUGUUGUAUGUGAUCCAUGUGUCUGUGGAUGUGUUUGCGCAGCAGACGCACGUUGAGUGGGUGUGGCAUUGUGUGAUGAGGUCAGCACUUUUACUGCAUGUGAUACACUGGAGGUGUGGCGGAGCUUGUGCAGACACAAGUGCUAUCAUUAUGCCUAUCAGUUAUUAAAUAUUUUUAUACUGUGGGACAGCUGAAUGUGAUAUUGUUUGUAUCUGUAUUUAACAGUCGCAGCUCUGCUGUAUUUAAACUGAUAAUGUCCCCAAUGCUUUGAAUAAAAUCUCACACAAUUCUGUGAAAAAAAAAA